UUCAUAUGAACUGAUUUUUGUCUCCUCUCUCUCUAAAGAUCACUUUUUUUUUCUUCACUUUCUCUCACUAAAAACAAUGCUGAUCGGAGCUACACUUCCGGCGACCAAUCUCCAUUUUUUUCAGGCGAGAAGAGCUAGCUUCAGACGCUAUGGAUCCCCAUUAAACCCAUCAGCAAAUUCAGUACACACACAAACAGUAAAAACAGAGACGACAAAAAAACACCUUUCAAAUCUUGAAAAGCUCUUGCAGAAUCAAUCUCGAAAACCCCAAUUACUCGAUAAUGAUUCGCGGGGUGAAAUUCAUCCCCGCGAAUCGAGGAGUAAUGGGUCGAAGGAAAACAGGGGAAAAAUUUUGUUGGAAGGGUUGAAUUUGUCAAGAAUUUGGCCUGAACACAAGGUUGCUGAAGAAAUGUCUCCAAGACAUUUAAAUAAGUUAAAAAAGCUUUUAUCAUCAAAUAACAUUGAAUACUCUCCAAGAAACAAUCUUGGUAGUAGAUGGAAAGAAUAUCAUGGUUGUAAAGAUUGGUUAGGUUUAAUUGAUCCUUUGAAUGAGAAUUUACGACGAGAAUUGAUUCGUUACGGGGAGUUUAUUCAGGCAGCUUAUCAUUGUUUUCACUCGAAUCCUGCAACUUGUAAUGAAUGUGAUACGAGGAAAGUGGCGUUGCCUGAUAAAUCUUAUAAGGUGACUAAGAGUCUGUAUGCUACGUCCUCUAUUGGAUUGCCAAAAUGGGUGGAUGAUGUAGCACCUGAUCUUGGAUGGAUGACACAGAGGUCGAGUUGGAUUGGUUAUGUCGCGGUUUGUGAUGAUAGAUCAGAGAUUAAACGUAUGGGACGGAGAGAUAUUGUCAUUGCUCUUAGGGGUACUGCAACUUGUUUAGAAUGGGGGGAGAAUUUUCGCGACUUAUUGGUUCAAAUCCCAACAAAGAUUGAGUCAGAGUCAGAGUCGAGUGAAGGACAAGCUAAAGUGGAAUGUGGAUUCUUGAGUUUGUUUCAAACAGCUGGUGUUAAUGUUCCUAGUUUAGCUGAAUCAGUAGUUAAUGAAGUGCAAAGACUCAUCGAACAAUACAAAGGCGAGUCUUUAAGCAUUACUGUGACCGGGCAUAGUCUUGGAGCGGCUUUGGCUUUAUUAGUUGCAGAUGAAGUGAGUACAUGUACACCAGAUGCACCACCGGUGGCUGUUUUCUCCUUUGGAGGUCCUCGAGUAGGGAAUAGAAGCUUUGCAGAUCGUUUAAACUCAAGAAAUGUUAAAGUACUACGUAUCGUGAACAAUCAAGAUGUUAUAACUAGAGUUCCAGGGAUGUUUGUGAGUGAAGAGCUCGACAAAAAGCUAAGAGAGUCAGGAUUUGUAAGCGGGAUGCUAAAUGUGCUCGACAAAAGUAUGCCAUGGGCAUACGCUCAUGUCGGCACUGAGCUCAGAGUUGACACAAGAAUGUCACCAUUCUUGAAGCCUGAUGCUGAUGUUGCUUGUUGCCAUGAUUUGGAGGCAUAUUUACAUUUGGUAGAUGGAUACAUUGCAUCAAAUUGCCCUUUUAGAGCAAAUGCCAAAAGAAGUCUAGCAAAGUUGCUAAGUGAACAAAGGUCUAAUAUCAAAAUGCUUUAUACAAGUAAAGCAAAAGGAUUAAACCUAAAUCUUGAAAGAGAACAUAGUUUCUCUACACCUAGUUGCUUGCCUAGUCCAUCUUCUUGAUAUUAUUAAUUAGCUAGAGGAUGUAUACUUCUUGUUUUGUACAAAUAAGUAAUAAGAAGUAUAUAUUUUCUAAUUUGUAGUAAUUAUUUAGUCAAUUUUUUUUAUUUUUAAUAUAUAUAUACGAGGUUCGAG